CGCUGAAAGCUCCGGCGCGGGGAGAGGCUCGCUCGCGCGCCAGUACCCCUCCGACCAGCGAUGCUGUGCUGUCUCCGGAAAUAGAUGUAGAUGUGUACAACGUUCUUAGAUCGGCCGACCAGGUGCGCGAGUGUGUGUGCAAAUGACUGAUAGCCCAGCGUAGCGGGCUUAACUUGAACAACAUGUGGAGUAAAGGAGUGACGCUAUGGAGGUUUAUGUUGUGCAUGUUGUUCGCGGUGUCGGCGUGCGCCGCGGCGGUGCGAGCUGACGAAGACGUACCAUCCGAGUCUCAAUGCCGGCCCUACAUCGAGAAAGCUCUUAAAGAGCUCGAAUCAGGAGAUGUCGAACCAGAUUCUGCCGAAAAAACCGACAGUAGUGAAGUAAGUGUCGACGACGGAGACGAUACAAAGGAAGUUGUUUCGGCAGAAAGUGGCGGAGAAACAGCUGAAGCGGGGGAAAGUGCGGAAAAUGAUGCAAACUCAGUAGAGAUUGCUGAUGAGCCGUACGUACCUCAAGCGUCCGUCGAAGAAUUAGAAGCUGGAGCCGACGAUUCUGACUCAAAGGAAGCUACAGAUGGAGGUAGUGACGAACAACAGGCCGACAAUGGAGACAGCAAAGAGGAGACGGCGUCUGCUGAUGAAGAAACAGCUGAACAAGAAAGUGGAGAAGAAAAAGACGAGACAAAAGCUGAAAGUGACGAAAACUCCCAGGAAGGAACCGAAGACGACAGCAAGGAAGUAAAGGAAGAUGACAGCCAAGAAAACGAAAACGCUAGUCAAGAAGCUGCCGAUAACGAAAGUAAGUCAGCUGAGGACGCUGAAGCGUCUGAUGAAACUAAAGACGAUGAUGAAGACAAGACAAAAGAAGACGAUGGAUCUCAAGAAAAGGCUGAUGAAUCUCAGGAAGAGACCGACACACAACAAGAUGAAGACUCUCAAGAAGCUAAAGAUGAUGACUCUAAAGAUGCAGACGCUGGAGACGAAUCCGAAGAAAAAGCUGCAUCAGUAGAAGACAAAGAGGAAUCUGGAGAACAAAAGGACGAAUCAUCUGAAGCAAAGGACGAAUCGGCAGAAGAAAAAGACGAAUCUGCUGACGAAAAAGAUGCUUCCGGCGAAGAAAAAGAUGAGUCUGAGGAACAAAAAGCCGAAUCUGGAGAAGAAAAAGAGGAAACAGUAGAAGACCAAGAUAAAUCGGCAGAAGAAACAGCUGAGUCUGAAGAGAAGGAAGCAUCUGCAGAAGAAGCUGAAGGAGGGGUAGAAGAAAAGUCACAAGAAGAAGAGGAUGCUAAGGAUAGUAAGGAGGAAGGAGACAAGUCCGAGGAGGCCGCUGAUGCCGGAGAGGAGGAAGCUGAAGCAGGAGAACAGGAAGCAGAAGAAGAAGAAGGCGCUCCUGAGGAGGAUUUAUUACUUGUCGGAGAAAUUCCUGAAAACUUAAGAUCUCGAGACCACAUCACUAAAAUCCUCAGACUUGAUGAAGAAGCGAGUGAAGAUGAAUUAACUAUUGAGAAAUCAGCCGACAUUGUUCUUAGGGACCUCAAGAAAUUAUACGAAAACUCCAUCAAACCCUUAGAAGGACUGUACAAGUACAGAGAUUUAAGUAACAGGCACUUUGGAGACCCUGAAAUAUUCUCAAAACCUUUGAUCCUAUUCAUGGGCCCGUGGAGCGGUGGUAAAUCUAGCAUUUUGAACUAUUUGACGGGACUCGAAUUCACUGAAUGGUCGCUUAGAACUGGGGCAGAACCAUCUCCGGCAUAUUUCAACAUUCUUAUGCACGGUAAAGAACCACAGGUACUAGAUGGUACUCAGUUAGCAGCUGACUGGACUUUCUCGGGACUUCAGAAGUUCGGACAAGGUUUGGAAGAGCGUCUUAGGGGUUUGAGAUAUCCCAGCAAGAUUCUGGAAAAGGUAAACAUCGUGGAAAUUCCUGGAAUUCUUGAAGUGAGGAAGCAGGUGUCUCGAGUUUUCCCCUUCAAUGACGCUUGCCAAUGGUUCAUCGACCGCGCCGACAUCAUCUUCCUGGUUUACGAUCCUUCCAAACUGGACGUCGGGCCCGAAACUGAAGCUAUUCUCGACCAACUCAAGGGCAGGGAGUCUCAGACACGUAUCGUGCUGAACAAGGCAGACACCGUGAAACCAGAGGAGUUGAUGCGCGUCCAGAGCGCCUUGAUAUGGAACAUUUCGCCGUUGAUGAGCUCGGCACAGCCGCCCGUCAUGUACACUGUGUCUCUGUGGUCCAUGCCGUACGAGGCAGGCGCGCCCGUACGCUUGCUGCAAGCCCAGGAGAGAGAGCUCCUGAGGGACUUGCGACAAGCUAUAGACAAGCGCAUUGAGAACAAGAUCGCCAGCGCUAGGAGAUUCGCUGUCCGUGUAAGAAAUCACGCGAAGAUGGUCGACUGCUAUCUGACGACGUAUUACAACCACAAGACGAUAUUCGGCAACAGGAAGCUCAUCGCUGACGCCAUUAUUGAAAACCCUCAGAACUACCACAUCUAUGAGGGAUUGAGCACACUCACUAACAUUUCCAGGUACGACCUGCCCGAUCCCGAGACGUACCGGGACUUCUUCCGGUUGAACCCCCUGUUCGAGUUCCAACAGCUGUCGGCUACGUGCACGUACUUCCGCGGCUGCCCCAUCACGCGGCUCGACGUCGCCAUCGCUUACGACCUGCCCGAGCUCGUCGGCAAGUACAAGAAGAUGGUAGAGACAGCCACGCCUCAAGGCAUGCCUAAGAGUUGAUGCCUCGAACGAACGAACCCCGCACCACACAACACAUCCGCUUUUUAAUUUUAGCCAAUUGGAUUGGACACAUAUUUUGGGCACAUUUUGCAUUUCUUCAUCUAAUCGGGCAUCAAAUCAUGAAAUAUUUUUCGUUACAUCGCAUUUCUGUAUUUAUCAGUAAUUUAUUUUGCUUAAUACUCGCUUGUUCCUGUUUUUUGAGGUGAAUGAUGUCGUAUUGUAUGGUUUAUUGUGAUUUUCUUCGUGCGUUUAUUAGUGGUGGUGAUAGAAAAGUAAAAACGCAAGACAACUUCCAAUCCUUAUUAUCAAGAUGUCUUUUUAUACUUACAUGUCUCGAAUUGCAAUAAAUUACUAGUCAUUAUUGAUGAAGUUUGUUAGCUAUUCUUGUAUCUUAUUCUAAGGUAUGUAAAUGUAGGUAAGUAUCCUACAACUAGGUCUAAUAAAUCCCGUACUUAAGCGGCAUUUGCCGUGAUUAUUUCUUCGUUAGUUAUUAAUGAGACACAAUGUGACUAUGUAUUUAAGUAAAAACAAAAUAAAAAUC